AUGACGGACCCUACCGCGAAUCCCUCGGACACGAGGGCCUCCGAAAGUACCCCGAAUCACCUUAACUUUGGCGGAUUCGAGCCUCUGUCGCUGUCGCUGCCCGGUGGCCCGAGGCUGUCCCCCCCUUUAGAAUCCUUGGAAACCCAAAACGCUACGCCGGCAAACAACAACGCAAAACUCGUAGAUGACCGCGAUCGCACGGACUACUUCCUUGCCAAACUAGGUGGUAAUGACCAAACAGAGAAACCCACGGGGGGCGCCAACGGACUCCAAGAGGGGCUCGACGGUGUCCCUAAGAGCACGCCCGCCUCUUUGAACUCUCGAAGACCGACCGAUCUGGUCAGUAACUCGCAGAAACCCAGAAGCCUGAGCUCCCAACAGAACCACCCCGGAACGCCCCUUACCCCCCGCCGCCCAAGCGUUCAGUUCACCCAGGACGCUUCGGAAAAUGACCAUCUACCGGAAUUGAAUCAGUCUAGGCCACCGUCGGUCAUGGGCGAUGAGGCAGAUCCAGGGUCGAAAGGGAAAAAUUCACUCUUCACUAAAAUCAAAGCCUUUGCCGCCUCGCCCUCCUUCUCUCACUCGCGGUCAGCCAGCGGCGCAACAAUCGGGGAUAUCAGACCACCAAACCAUGACCUGGCCACCCCCGGUUCGGAGAGGGGAGAGUUCCGCUUUCCAAAUACGUUGGAGGAAGAGGGGAGUGAUAUGGACGCCGACGCCGAGGAAAGUGCUGGGGAGCAAAAUGCUCAACAUCGCAAGAAGAAGAAACAUCUGCGACGAGCAAAGGGCAAUGAGUCUGCGCCCCAGACCGAACCGAACACGCCCAAGGCCGUAAACCGGCCAUCAUUCAACUUCACCAGCUCCUUUGCCCCUUCUGAGAACUAUCGGCCUCCAUUUUUCCCCCGACGGAAUACCGGCGACUACGCCCAGCGUGAGGGAGUGUCGGAGGAUGAAGGUCGGGAUCGCCUCAACCGGGAUACCACCUGGAGGCGGAGAAGUGCCUGGCUCGCCAACUCGCGCGGAAUGACCCAAGGCGGGCCGGACGAAAGGCGGCCAAGUAACCUCCGGCGAUUAACCGGGUUCGGGCCCUCAGAAAACGCGGAAGGGCUUUCGGCCCCCUGGAGGCGACAUCGAGCGGAUCGUGGCUCUAGCCUGAGUGCCCAAAGAUGGCGACAGAUCAAAGCGGGCUUGAAGCUGAUCGGCCAGCGCCGUAAAGCUGAUAACACGGUGGACCACGCAAAGUCGGCCGAGCUGCUAGCUGAACUAACCUCAGGGGUGCCGGCAGCAUUGAUUCUGGCCAGUAUGUUCCAACGUGAUGAGCACGGGAGCAAGCGAAUCCCAAUUCUUCUGGAGCAGCUCAAGGUUCGAGUCACAGACAGUAAGAUUGACUCGCAUUCUGGAGAUCGCCACCUGGUGUUCAGGAUUGAACUUGAAUACGGCAGCGGUAUGACUCGCAUGAAAUGGAUCAUUCAUCGGACCCUGAAGGAUUUCGCCAACAUCCAUCUGAAGUACAAGCUCCAUUUUGGAACGCAAAAAUACAUCCAAUUGCGAAACACCGAAAGUGGACAGCUUCCGCGGUUUCCUCGAAGCGCGUUCCCCUACCUGCGUGGCGUGCGCGGCCUGGACAGUGACAUGGAGGACGAAGAGGAUGAUGGUGGCUACGAGACCGCCGCGGAGGCAACGAGCGGCAACGAGAGAGCUGGUAAAAGACAUCAGCACGUACGAAGGCAAUCGUCCGCUGGCCCCUCUCGACGGCAAUCGACCGUGACAAACACCGAAGGCGAGACGGCAGAAGCAGGCCCGUCAGCCAAGAAGGAAAGCUACCCGGAGCGGCAGAGAAAGAAACUGGAAUCCUAUCUCCAAAAAUUGAUACGCUUUUUGAUUUUUAAGCCCGAUAGCAACCGCCUCUGCAAGUUCUUGGAGCUUUCGGCGCUGGGCGUUCGUCUUGCUGCCGAGGGCAGCUACCAUGGUAAGGAAGGAUAUCUGAUCAUCCAGUCAUCAAAGGGCCUUGAUUUCCGGAGGGCCUUAACACCGGCCAUGGUAAAGAAGCGUCAUUCCCCCAAGUGGUUCCUUGUCAGACACAGUUAUGUCGUUUGCGUCGAUUCGCCUGAGGAGAUGAACAUCUACGACGUGUUUCUGGUCGAUCCGCUUUUCCGACUCCAAACACAGAAGAUCAGUAUACGCAAUCAGAAGGCAAAGGAGCUGGCAAAGUCGGCGAAGGAGUCGGCCAGACAUCCGCAGCAUCAUACGCUAAAACUUGAGAACUCGGAGCGAAAGCUCAAGCUCCUGGCCAGGAACGAACGUCAGCUCCACCAGUUUGAGGAUUCAAUUCGGUUCAUGGUCGACAACACCCCUUGGGCAAAGCCCAACCGAUUCGACAGCUUUGCCCCCGUGCGUCAAAAUUGUUUUGCCCAGUGGCUGGUGGAUGCUCGUGACCAUAUGUGGGUAGUUUCGCGGGCAAUCAACCAGGCAAAGGAUGUCAUCUACAUCCAUGACUGGUGGCUGAGUCCUGAGCUUUACAUGCGACGGCCAGCUGCUAUCAGCCAAAAGUGGCGUCUGGAUCGCCUUCUUCAGCGCAAGGCUCGCGAGGGAGUGAAAAUCUUUGUGAUUAUGUAUCGAAACAUCAAUUCUGCCAUUCCGAUUGACUCGGAGUACUCCAAGUUCUCUCUUCUCGACCUGCAUCCCAACGUCUUUGUCCAAAGAUCUCCCAAUCAGUUCAGACAAAACACCUUCUUCUGGGCGCAUCACGAGAAACUAUGCAUCAUUGACCAUACGCUGGCUUUCGUGGGAGGUAUCGAUUUGUGUUUCGGAAGAUGGGACACACCACAGCACAUGCUCACGGACGACAAGCCCACUGGGUUCGAGACACCAGACGGACCAAAAGAUGCAGACCAUUGCCAGCUCUGGCCCGGUAAAGACUAUUCCAACCCGCGUAUUCAAGACUUUUAUGACUUGGACAAACCAUAUGAGGAGAUGUAUGACCGAAACACCACACCUAGGAUGCCGUGGCAUGACAUAUCAAUGCAUGUCGUCGGUCAACCAGCUCGGGAUCUCACGCGUCAUUUCGUUCAGCGCUGGAACUACAUCUUGCGUCAGCGCAAACCAACACGGCCUACUCCGUUUCUCCUGCCUCCGCCGGACUUUGAACCUGCCGACCUAGAGGCACUAGGCCUUGAUGGGACCUGUGAAGUUCAGAUCCUACGAUCUAGCAGUGCCUGGUCGACUGGCACUGGGGACUUGACGGAACACAGUAUCAUGAACGCGUACGUCAAGUUGAUCGAGGAAUCCGAACACUUCGUCUACAUCGAGAACCAGUUUUUCGUCAGUACAUGUGAAAUCGACGGUAGGAAGAUCGAGAAUCUAAUCGGUGACGCGUUGGUGGAGCGGAUCACUAGGGCUGCAAAGAAUCAAGAAGCCUGGCGCGCUACCAUCGUCAUCCCACUAAUCCCCGGAUUUCAGAAUACCGUGGACAGUGAAGGUGGAACUAGCGUUCGUCUGAUCAUGAUGUGCCAGUACCGGAGUAUCUGUCGCGGGGAAACGUCUAUAUUUGGGCGACUUCGAGCUCUCGGUAUUGAACCCGAAGACUACAUCCAGUUCUACAGUCUUCGGACCUGGGGAAAAAUCGGACCUCACAAUCAUCUGGUCACCGAACAAUUAUACAUCCAUGCCAAGUGUAUGAUCGUGGACGACCGAGCCGCGAUCAUUGGGUCUGCGAAUAUCAACGAGCGAUCCAUGUUAGGCUCACGGGACUCGGAGGUCGCAUCCGUCGUCCGGGACACUGAUAUGAUCUGGUCUUCGAUGAACGGCCGUCCUUACCUCGUCGGGAGAUUCCCCCACACGCUUCGGAUGCGUCUCAUGAGAGAGCAUUUGGGCAUCGAUGUGGACGAAUUGAUGGAGCAUUCAAUGGCGACCGAGGAGGAACUGCGAAGAAUUGAAAUCGCAGAGGAGGAAUCGAAACCCAUAGAAGAUCGUGAAAGGCUUGACUCUGAGUCUCUUAUGCAGGAGAAACAGACGGAGCGGGAUAUGAUUGAACGUCGACAUCGUAUCCAGGACGAAUUCCUCUCACGCUCGGAAGACAUGCACAGCUUUAAUCAUGAUGUCGACUGGGAACAGGGCAACAACCCGAACCUCAAGUCCAACAGAAAGAUGACGGCAGAUGCCAGGGUAACUGCCAACCCAGGGCACAAAAAGGACGUGGAUGGGUUUGGGAAUGACAAUCUUGAUGCUGCUGCGCAAGCCGGAUUGGGAGACGCCCGCGAUACCCGAUUCGUGGAUACGAAAACCGAAGUACUGCUUUCUCCCGUCGCAAGUGAGGGCAGAGGCACUGUGCAGCAACCGAAGCGUUCACGACAACAACAACAACAGCCCUCCCAGCACACUGAUGAGAGGGACGCCCGGAAUUCUUUUGCUGCAACGGGUAAUGAUGUAGAGUCGAGUCCUGCUGAGCCUGAGAGUGCAUCAAGAGACAAAUAUGAUUCCGACAAAUACCCGCAUCCACUUGGCUCAGAAAUGAAGCAUGUCUACAUCGAUCAGGACUGUAUGCGAGAUCCGGUGAUAGAUUUGUUCUACCUGGACACAUGGCAUGCCGUUGCAGAGAAGAAUACAAAGAUCUACCGCAACGUUUUCCGUUGCAUGCCUGACAGUGAAGUGAAAUCCUGGAAAGAAUACAAAGAAUACACUGCUUAUUCAGAGCGUUUCACCGAGUUGCAGAACCAGCAAAGCUCCAAGGCAACCAAGUCAAAUCUGCAGGCUGCUAGUCCGAGCACCGAAAAACAGACAAAUGAAGCCACCCUCGGCGACCGUUCGGCGUCUGAGCCGACAAAGCAAGAGACGCCAGACUUAGACGAGAAGGCUAGUCGCAGAAUAAGUGACGUGAUAUCCUCGGGCAACGCACGAAACGGGCGACAUGAUGAAAGUGUCUCGUCUGGCGAGGAUGCGGACAAGCAGCGCUCUGAUCCUCCGGUGGUUGAAUACUCGGAAGCGUUGAAUCGGAAUGCUACCACUCAUUCCCGCCGACGACGGCGAAGAGCCACAACUUUGGGAUCGAAGCGAGAAUUCCAUGCAUCAGAUGAGAUGAUGGAUAUGCAGCGAGCGGAGAACAUGUUGGAGAAGACUCAGGGGCAUCUCAUCCUGUGGCCCUAUGACUGGCUUGAAAAAGAGGAACAGGGCGGAAACUGGCUUUACACGUUGGAUCAGAUUUCCCCACUGGAAAUUUAG